AACUGUGAGUGGCUGCUUGCCCUUGUGAUGACUGGCUGUGUGCUAGCAUAGAUAAAACAAGAGCGGGUUUAAAAAGCAGAAGCAUUUCUGAACUUUUGUCAGAAAGUAAAACUUCAUAUCUCCUCGUACUACAGCAGUUACGCUGACAAUAAAUAUCGUCUAUCUGAUUGAACAGUACAAAUAAAAUGCGCAUAAACAUUUUCGCUGCCAUCAUCUUCACUGCAUCCUUUUUCCCCUGGGCCAUCAACAUGACUGAAUACCCAAGAUUCCCCUGUUACAACAAAAGCUCAGAAUACAAAUACAACAAAUUUGUCAAAAAUCACAUCCUCCAUGACAGCUUUGACAGAAAUUCUCUAGAUGCUUGGAAAAGGUAUUUGAAAAAGGAAGGCCUCUGGUGCCGAACUCCAGUGCAGUCCUUCAUCAGUGACAGUGAGUGGAAUGUCGACAGGAUCUGCAGCAGUGAUGGUCAUCGCUUGGCUGAUUCUGUUGCCUACGCAGGCAACUUGUGUAUCAGCAACUCAGAAAUGCUGAUUUAUGAUGUCACAAUUAGGAAAACCAACAAGGGCCGUAAAAUUAAUGUUACUCGAGCCCAGAGGCCUGUUAUUGUUGCAUGCGAUAACGUUGGAAACAAGUGCCUCCCAGUUCAUUUUCAGAAAUAUGAACACCAAACCCCAAGCGACAUACCCUGCAAUCCUGCAAGAAUUUUCAGUAUUGUGGUAGAAUAGGUUUUCAUUAUCAAGCAAAUUAAUCUGUUACAAAAGUUUCAACUCAUCAUCUUUGGAGGGUGUUAUGCUAUAAUCGCUAUAGAGUGUUCCCUUGUUUGUUAUGUUCUAAAAAAUAACCCACGAUAGGUGAAAUCCGCGAAGUAGUCACCUUUAUUUUUAUUACAAUUAUUACAGAUGUUUUAAGGCCGUAAAACCCCUCACUACACACUUUAUACACUUUUCUCAGACAGGCAUGAACAUUUCUCUCCUGUUUAAACCUACAUAUAUAGUGAGUUCAUUAGAACAAAUUGAAGACUCUGUAGCACACUUCAUAAUUUAUUCACUGCUGAAAUAAAGAUUAACACAUCUUCCACAUUACCUUCAGAGUAAGAAAUGCAUUGCUUAAAUAUCUUAUUUCUUGCCUUCUAUCAGUGUCUGUAAAAUAAAUAUUUUAUUAUUUAUUAAGAAUGAUUAUUCAUUAAUAGCUCUCGACAUUGUAUUACAUUGUGUUACCUUGCAAGAACUUGAGAGCAGUAAAACAACAAGAACGUCAUUAGUCUGCAGUACAUUUUUCCUGUUGUCUUUAUGGCUCAAUGAAGCUUGGACUUUCCUGUCUGACUAUCUACCUUAUCUGUGGUUUGAGCAAGCUAUUACAGCUGAUGCUUGUUUUGGUUAUUUCUUAAUAAUCAGUGUGCUGGCACUGCAAUGAUGGUUACUGGAUCUUCCAAAGACGACAGACUUCCUUCAAAAAGUGUUAAGAAUGAACUAUGAAAAUGUUUCUCUGCUCAGCAAGCAGCUUCACGCUGUAUUUAUUAUGUUAAACAGAUUUAUCAUUUCAGUAGUACUAUAUAUUAUAGCUCGGUGAUAAAGUGUUAACCAAAGAGUAACAAGGAAGAAGCAAGAAUGUUUUGUAUUGUAUUGUAGUUUUGUAAUGUAUUACAACUCAAUUACCAAAGUAAUAGCCAGGGGGCGUUAUACUGCAGUUUUUUCUUUGCUCUCAAUUUUGACACGCCCUAUUAAAGAUUAAUAUCAGUUUGUACAUGCUCCGGAUAGCUUUUUUCAAAUUCUUUAACCCUUUAAGACCUACCAUAGAACCAAGUCCGCCAGA